GAUCUGGUGAUGGUGGGGGUCAUUCCUGGGAGUCCAGCAGAGUGACGCUGAUCUCCUUAACCCUGCGGGUCCCCUGGAGCCCAGCCUCAGUCCUCCGGGCCACAGCCCCGCAGUCUGCGCUGCUUUUCCUCGGAGCAAGCCCAACUUUUCUGGGAUCCUCCCCCUCGGACUGGACCCUCCGGCUCUGGCCCCUGUGAUCCUGGCUCUGCCCCCCGCCGCUCCUCUUCGGUUCCUCCGAUAUAAAAGGAGCGCAGCAUGAUGAAGAACAGCGGCUUCCUGGAGCCGCAGCAGCUCUUCUUCCUCAGCAACGCAGAUCCAGAGGAGGAGGAGGAGGAGGAGGAGGAGGAGGAGGAGAUGCCGGCCACAGAGAAGGACCUGGCGGAGGACGCGCCCUGGAAGAAGAUCCAGCAGAACACCUUCACCAGGUGGUGCAACGAGCACCUGAAGGUGCUCAACAAGCGGAUCGCGGACCUGCAGAAGGACCUGAGCGACGGGCUGAAGCUGAUAGGGCUGCUGGAGGUGCUGAGCCAGAAGAAGAUGUACCGGAAGUACCACCUGAGACCCAACUUCAGGCAGAUGAAGCUGGAGAACGUGUCCGUGGCUCUGGAGUUCCUGGAGAGGGAGCACAUCAAGCUGGUCUCCAUCGACUCCAAGGCCAUCGUGGACGGGAACCUGAAGCUGAUCCUGGGUCUGAUCUGGACCCUGAUCCUUCACUACUCCAUCUCCAUGCCCAUGUGGGAGGAUGAGGAUGAUGAAGAUGCCAAGAAAUUGACCCCCAAACAGCGCCUGCUGGGCUGGAUCCAGAACAAGGUUCCCCAGCUACCCAUCACCAACUUCCACCGAGACUGGAGGGAUGGAAAAGCACUGGGAGCACUGGUGGACAACUGCGCCCCUGGUCUCUGUCCAGACUGGGAAACCUGGGAUCCCAGUCAGCCGGUGGAGAACGCCCGGGAGGCCAUGCAGCAGGCAGACGACUGGCUGGGAGUCCCACAGGUGAUUGCUCCAGAGGAGAUCGUUGACCCAAACGUGGACGAGCACUCUGUCAUGACAUACCUGUCCCAGUUCCCUAAAGCCAAGCUGAAGCCCGGAGCGCCGCUAAGAGCAAAGACACUGCAUCCAAAGAGGGCUAAAGCUUAUGGUCCAGGUAUUGAAGCACGAGGCAACACAGUUCUGAAACCAGCAGAGUUCCUGGUGGAGACGGUGGAGGCUGGAAUGGGAGAGGUCCUGGUUUAUGUGGAGGAUCCGGAGGGACACACAGAAGAAGCCCGAGUGAUCCCCAACAAUGACAAGAACCGAACCUAUUCUGUGGUGUACCUGCCCAAGGUGGAGGGUCUUCAUAAGGUCAAAGUGCUGUUUGCCGGGCAGGACAUUGACAGAAGCCCCUUCAUGGUGAAUGUUUCGAAAGCCAUGGGGGACCCCACCAGGGUUCAGGCCCGAGGGCCAGGUCUGCAGCCGAUGGGAAACGUAGCCAAUAAACCUACCUAUUUUGACAUUUAUACAGCAGGGGCAGGUUCUGGGGACGUAGGUGUUAUCAUUGUAGACUCAAACAGCCGGAGGGACACAGUGGAGAUUGUCUUGGAGAACAGAGGAGACAGUAUAUUCCGGUGUACCUAUGUGCCUGUCCUGGAAGGCCUUCAUACCAUCUAUGUGACCUUUGCUGGGCAACAGAUUCCCAGAAGUCCUUUCACUGUCAACAUCUCCGAAGUUUCACAGAACGCCCCUCCCCCUGACUCUCCAGUGCAGAUUGUACCACAGUCCAUACGUACCCCACCCUCAGAAAAGACCAGAAGAGCCCCCCCACCAACACCGCCAAAAUCCAGGCGACCAACCUGCAACCCGAAUGCCUGCAGAGCCUCGGGUCGAGGUCUGCAGCAGAAGGGCCUGAGGGUGAAGGAAGUGGCCGAUUUCAAAGUGUAUACUAAAGGAGGCGGCAGCGGGGAGCUCAAAGUCAGCGUGAAGGGUCCCAAGGGCCGUGAGGAACCUGUGAAGGUGCUGGAGAUGGAAAACGGCAUUUAUGAGUGUAAUUAUUACCCAAUCAUGACAGGGAAGUACAUCAUAAUUAUCACAUGGGGAGGACACAGCAUUCCCCGCAGCCCAUUUGAGGUACAUGUAAGUGAGGAGGCGGGACCUCAGAAGGUGAGGGCCUGGGGUCCAGGUCUGGAGACCGGUAUGGUGGGGAAGAGCGCAGACUUCGUGGUGGAGGCAAUCGGCACAGAAGUGGGAACUCUCGGUUUCUCCAUCGAGGGGCCCUCUCAGGCUAAAAUCGAGUGUGACGAUAAAGGUGACGGAUCCUGUGAUGUUCGAUACUGGCCCACUGAACCAGGAGACUAUGCCGUCCAUGUCAUAUGUGAUGAUGAGGACAUUAAGGACAGUCCCUUCAUGGCCCACAUCCUCCCUGGAGCCAUUGAUUUGUUUCCUGAGAAGGUGAAAUGUUUCGGUCCUGGUCUGGAGCCUCUUGGUUGUAUUGUCAACAAACCAGCUGACUUUACCAUUGAUACGAGUGAAGCUGGCAGAGGAGAGCUGAGGCUCUACGCUCAGGAUGCAGACGGUUUCCCCAUCGACAUCCAAAUCACAGAUAACGGAGACUGCACCUACUUUUGUGUCUACAUUCCUACCAAACCCAUCAAACACACCAUCAUCAUCACCUGGGGCGAAGUUAAUGUUCCCAACAGCCCCUUUAGGGUGAUAAUCGGAGAGGGCAGCCAUCCAGAGAACGUGAAGGUCUACGGUCCAGGUGUGGAGAAGACAGGCCUGAAGGCCAAUGAGCCAACAUACUUCACUGUGGACUGCAGUGAGGCUGGACAAGGUGAUGUCAGCAUCGGGAUCAAGUGUGCUCCUGGUGUGGUCGGACCGGCAGAGGCAGACAUUGACUUCGACAUUAUCAAGAAUGACAAUGACACGUUCACAGUGAAGUACAUGCCUCCGGGUCCUGGUCAAUACACCAUCAUGGUGCUGUUCGCUGAUCAGGAAAUUCCCGUCAGUCCAUUCAGAAUCAAGGUGGAUCCCUCUCAUGAUGCAGCCAAGGUCAGAGCAGAGGGCCCUGGACUCAACAGGACUGGUGUGGAGGUUGGAAAGCCCACACACUUCACCAUUUACACCAAAGGGGCCGGUAAAGCCAAACCAGAGGUCCAUUUUAUUGGAGCAGCUAAAGGCGAAGCUGUUCGUGACUUUGAGAUUAUCGACAACCAUGACUACUCAUACACGAUCCGCUACACCGCAGUGCAGCAGGGGAACAUGUCCAUCACUGUUUGCCACGGAGGAGACCCCAUCCCUAGAAGUCCAUUCAGCAUCAUCGUGGCCCCCCCUCUGGACCUCAGCAAGGUUAAAGUCCAGGGACUCAACAACAAGGUGGACGUUGGAGUGGAUCAGGACUUCUCCAUCACGACUCGAGGUACUGGAGGUCAGGGAAAACUGGAUGUAAAGAUCACCUCCGCAUCACGUCGUCCAAUCCCCAGCAAACUGGAAUCUGGCACAGCCAAUGAGGUUCACACUGUGAAGUACGUCCCCCCCGAGGAGGGACUGUACAGAGUGGACAUCAGCUAUGAUGGAAACCCCGUCCCAGGAAGUCCGUUCACUGUGGAGGGUGUCAUGCCCCCAGAUCCUUCAAAGGUCCGGGCCUACGGUCCUGGUCUUCAGGGUGGGUUAGUGGGCAAACCAGCUCCGUUUGCCAUCGACACAAAGGGAGCUGGAACCGGUGGACUUGGCCUGACGGUGGAAGGUCCAUGUGAGGCCAAGAUCGAAUGCCAGGACAAUGGGGACGGAUCCUGUUCUGUGUCCUAUCUACCCACCGAACCCGGAGAAUACGCCAUCAACAUCCUGUUUGCAGACCAGCAUGUCCCUGGGUCGCCCUUCAAGGCCGUGGUCCAGUCCAUGUUUGACCCCAGCAAGGUGAUGGCCAGCGGCCCCGGCUUGGAGCGGGGAAAGGUGAACGAGACCGGGGCCUUUACGGUGGACUGCUCUAAGGCCGGUGAAGCUGAACUCACCAUCGAGAUAAUCUCAGAUAGUGGCUCCAAAGCUGAGGUCCAUGUUCAGAACAACGGUGACGGGACCUAUUCCAUCACCUACACCCCUCCAUGCCCAGGCAUGUAUACCAUCACCAUCAACUACGGAGGACACAUGGUGCCAAAGUUCCCGGUCCGUCUGCAGGUGGAUCCAGCUGUCGACACCAGCGGGGUGAAGGUGUUUGGACCGGGCGUGGAACCAAGAGGCGUCCUGAGGGAGGUACCGACCCAUUUCAUGGUUGAUACCCGGGCUCACUUUAAGAGUGGAGGCAGCCACAUCAAAGUAAGAAUCUCCAACCCAUCCGGAAUCAACACAGACGCCCAGGUCUCUGAUAAAGCAGACGGGACCUACAGAGUGGAGUACACACCUCUAGAAGAUGGUUUGCACUUGAUUGAAGUUCUCUUAGAUGACGUCUCAGUCCCAAAGAGUCCCUUAAGGGUCUCGGUUACCGAGGGUUGUGAUCCCAGCCGAGUCCGUGCCUUCGGCCCUGGUUUAGAGGAAGGGCUUGUCAACAAAUCGAACAGCUUCACUGUUGAAACCAGGGGUGCAGGCACCGGAGGGCUCGGGCUGGCCAUUGAAGGUCCAUCAGAGGCAAAGAUGUCCUGUCAGGAUAACAAAGAUGGCAGCUGCAGUGUGGAGUACAUCCCAUUCACUCCUGGAGAAUAUGACGUGAACAUCUCCUUUGGAGGCCUUCCUAUUCCAGGUAGCCCAUUCCGUGUCCCAGUCCGACAGCUGGUUGAUCCCAGUAAAGUGAGGUGUUCUGGUCCUGGUCUUGGAGGAGGAGUCCGAGCUCAUGUUCCUCAGACCUUCACUGUAGACAGCAGCAAGGCGGGAGUGGCUCCACUGGAGGUCCAGCUCUACGGACCAACAGGUGUAGCCGAGCCGGUCAUUGUCAAGGACAACGGAGAUGGCUCUCACACGGUGAACUACACUCCGGCCAGCGACGGUCCUUACAUGGUGUGUGUGAAAUACGCAGAUCAGGAGGUCCCUCGAAGCCCCUUUAAGAUCAAAACUUUACCGGCCCAUGAUGCCAGUAAAGUCAGAGCCAGCGGUCCUGGUCUGAACGCCUCCGGGGUCCCAGCUAGCCUGCCGGUGGAGUUCACCAUCGAUGCUAGGGAUGCUGGUGAAGGACUCCUCACUGUCCAGAUCCUGGAUCCGGACGGGUGCAGGCGAGAGGCCUCGCUGUUUGUGGAGGACUGGGGCAGGAGGGUGUGGCAGACUCAUAUAGUAAAGAAAACCAUCCCCUUCAAUAUUCUGAAGAGAGGCUGCGACCCAGAGGGAAAACCCAAGAAAGCCAGCAUCCGGGACAACAGGGACGGGACGUACACCGUGUCCUACGUCCCAGACAUCACUGGACGUUACACCAUCACCAUCAAGUACGGAGGAGACGAGAUCCCAUACUCCCCCUACAGGAUCCACGCUGUGCCCACCGGGGAUGCCAGCAAGUGUCUGGUCACAGUUUCCAUCGGAGGACACGGCCUGGGUUCAGGUCUUGGCCCGACUAUCCAGAUCGGAGAAGAGACGGUCAUCACAGUGGAUGCAAAGGCUGCAGGCAAAGGUAAAGUCACCUGUAAGGUGUCGACGCCGGACGGGGCGGAGCUGGAUGUGGACGUGGUGGAAAAUGCAGACGGAACAUUUGAUAUUUACUACACGGCUCCGGAGCCCGGCCAGUACAUCAUCACUAUCCGCUUCGGAGGGGAAAACAUUCCCAACAGCCCCUUCCGUAUUGUGGCGAGUGAAACCGUCCCAAUAGUGGAGGAACCAUGUGACAAAGUUCAGUUGAAGCAGCCCUACUCACCCUAUGUGGGCUUCUCCCCUCACUGGGCAACAGAUGAUGCUGUCAGCUCUGCAGAUCGGAUGGAGCCGGUGUUACGUCCCUUCAGUCUGGUCAUCCCCUUCACUAUACAGAAAGGAGAGAUCACAGGUGAGGUGCGAAUGCCGUCGGGUCAAACAGCUUGUCCUAACAUCGCUGACAACAAGGACGGGACGGUGACGGUAAAAUACUCGCCGACUGAACGAGGACUGCACGAGAUGGACAUCAAAUAUGACGGGAACCACAUCCCAGGAAGCCCACUCCAGUUCUUUGUGGAUGCUAUCAACAGUGGUCAUGUGACUGCGUACGGCCCUGGUCUGAGCCACGGCACGGUGGACAAACCCGCCACCUUCACCAUCGUCACCAAAGAUGCAGGAGAAGGGGGCUUGUCUCUGGCUGUUGAAGGUCCAUCCAAGGCUGAGAUCAGCUGCACUGACAACAAAGAUGGGACUUGCACGGUGUCCUACCUGCCCACCGCACCAGGAGACUACAGCAUCAUCGUCAGAUUUGAUGAUGAAAACAUUUCUGGCAGCCCGUUCAUGGCAAAGAUCACCGGUGAUGACUCUAUGAGGACCUCCCAGCUCAACGUUGGGACUGCAUCAGACGUUUCCCUAAAGAUCACAGAGACGGACCUGGGCAGUCUGAUGGCCACCAUCAGAGCUCCGUCAGGUCAUGAAGAACCGUGUCUUCUAAAGAGGCUCCCCAACAGACACAUUGGAAUCUCCUUCACUCCAAAGGAAGUUGGUGAACAUGUUGUGAGUGUGAAGAAAAGUGGGACACAUGUGACCAACAGUCCCUUUAAGAUCAUGGUGGGUCAGUCUGAGAUUGGAGAUGCCAGCAGAGUGAAGGUUUACGGUCAGGGGCUGGUGGAGGGGCACACCUUUGAGGUUGCCGAGUUCAUCGUGGACACCAGGAAUGCAGGUUACGGUGGUCUGGGUCUGUCCAUCGAGGGCCCCAGCAAAGUGGACAUUAACUGUGAGGAUGUGGAGGAUGGGACCUGUAAGGUGACCUACUGCCCCACUGAACCUGGAAACUACAUCAUAAACAUCAAGUUUGCUGACCAACAUGUUCCAGGAAGUCCAUUUACCGUCAAAAUAUUCGGCGAAGGCCGGAUGAAGGAGAGCAUCACCAGGAAGCGCCAGGCCCCAUCCAUUGCCACAGUCGGCAGCACCUGCGACCUCAACCUGAAGAUACCAGGAAACUGGUUUCAGAUGGUUUCAGCUCAGGAACGUCUGACCCGGACGUUCACCCGCAGCAGCCACACCUACACCCGGACCGAGCGGACCGAGAUCAGCAAAACCCGAGCCGGGGAGACCAAAAGAGAAGUCCGGGUGGAGGAGAGCACCCAGGUCGGAGGAGAUCCCUUCAGGGAUGUGUUUGGAGAUUUUCUGGGACGAGAGAGUCUGAGCGGUUUCAGUGGGAUGCCGGCGGGAAGCCGACCGCCACUGCAGGACGGUGAGGCCGGUAACCAGGAGAUGACGGCUCAGGUGACGAGUCCCGGAGGGAAGACGGAGGACGCAGAGAUCAUCAAAGGGGAGGACAGCACCUACAGUGUCCGCUUUGUCCCCCAGGAAAUGGGACCUCACACUGUCAAUGUUAAAUACCGGGGCCAACAUGUGCCGGGGAGCCCCUUCCAGUUUACUGUGGGGCCCCUGGGUGAGGGAGGGGCCCAUAAGGUGCGAGCAGGAGGAACCGGGCUGGACCGUGGAGUGGCAGGGCUACCCGCUGAGUUCAGUAUUUGGACCAGAGAGGCUGGAGCUGGAGGUCUGUCGAUUGCUGUGGAAGGACCCAGUAAAGCUGAGAUCUCCUUUGAGGACCGGAAAGACGGUUCCUGUGGAGUCUCCUACGUGGUCCAGGAGCCUGGUGAUUAUGAGGUUUCCAUCAAGUUUAACGAUGAACACAUCCCAGACUCUCCUUUCAUUGUCCCUGUGGCUAGCCUGUCAGAUGACGCCCGCCACCUCACCAUCACCAGCCUUCAGGAGAUGGGGCUGAAGGUGGGUCAGGAGGCCUCCUUUGCUGUCCAGCUGAAUGGAGCCAGAGGCCUCAUAGAUGCUAAGAUCCACUCACCAUUGGGGGCCACAGAGGAAUGCUGCAUCACUGAGCUGGACAGCGCAGAUCGGCACGCCAUCAGGUUCAUCCCCAAGGAGAACGGCGUUCACUCUAUAGACGUUCGCUUCAACGGCAGCCAUGUACCCGGCAGUCCCUUCAAGAUCCGAGUGGGAGAACCGGGGCAGGUUGGAGAUCCAGGACUUGUGUCUGCCUUUGGACCAGGACUGGAAGGAGGAACCACAGGCGUGGCGUCAGAGUUUAUGGUCAACACCUGUAAUGCCGGAGCUGGAGCUCUAUCUGUGACCAUCGAUGGGCCAUCAAAGGUGAAGAUGGACUGCCAGGAGUGUCCUGAGGGCUACAAAGUCUCUUACACCCCUAUGGCUCCAGGGAGCUACCUGAUCUCCAUCAAGUACGGAGGACCACAGCACAUUGUAGGCAGCCCCUUCAAAGCCAAAGUGUCAGGACCACGCCUGUCAGGAGGUCACAAUCUCCAUGAGACGUCUUCUGUUCUCGUGGAAACCGUCACCAAAACAUCAGCGAUGGGCGGGGCCUUCGCUUCCUUCCCCAAAUUCUCCUCAGACGCCAGUAAAGUCAUCUCCCGCGGCGCUGGUCUGUCUAAAGCCUUCAUCGGUCAGAAGAACACCUUCACAGUGGACUGCAGCAAAGCAGGCACCAACAUGUUGAUGGUGGGCGUCCACGGGCCAAAGACACCCUGUGAGGAAGUCUAUGUCAAACACAUGGGCAACAGGAUGUACAACGUGACGUACACGGUGAAGGAACAGGGCAGCUACAUCCUCAUCGUGAAGUGGGGGGAUGAGAACAUACCAGGAAGUCCUUUCCACGUCACUGUCCCCUAAACAAGCUCAGCUUCAUCUCCACACGGUGACUCCUCAUCUUCUACGAUGCACUGAAGACUUUUCCUCACAGAGGAGGAAAGGUUCCUCAUGUUUCUCCUGUCCUUACCUGUUCUCCAUGGGAUGUGACGGCCGUUGCUCCCCUCAAGUACUUCACUCAAACUGCUUGAACAGCUGCUAUAGAGAUGAUCCAGGAUGAGAAAUCUUCCAACAGACGUUUCCACAAACUUUCGUUUGUUUUGCAGCAGGAACCUUCCUGAUUAGGUCCAUCUCUGCAGGGUUUGGACCUGAUCAGGAACAUUCUGUUGUAAGAAUCUUAAAAGGUGAACAUCUGAGGCCACAUGGGGACGAUUUUAAAGGCCUCGAAGCAGAAAAUGUGAAGCUAUUUUCUAUAUACUUCAGCUCAAUGCAGAUCUCUACAUCUUCUCUGCAUAACCAUUGUUUGUAUUCAGCAAAUCUAGAUGUUCUGGGUGCAGAAGACUUUGCAACCAUCUUCUAACUGCUGAAGGAAGUCCAAGCAGCUGGAACUCCUCCUCCUUCAUUGGGUCUGUGAGGAACAUCAGGGGACGUUCUCCUCUAUGAACAUCACGUCCUGAGCUCUGCAGACGAAGAGUUUGGGAUGUGACCUUCAUCAUCCGCACGUCUCUAUCUUGAUGGAUUCCAGUCGGUGUCCUGAAGAUAAAACAGAUUUUCAGCAACAACUCCACGUCUUGUAGAACCUUCUGGAUUUCACAUGAGAUGUUUGGAUUCUGCUGCAUCAAACUGUGACGUUUAAUUUAUUCCCCCUGAUUGGCUGAAGGUAGAGGAGCCGCGUCUGAUCUGUGAUCCGCUCCCAGUCUGUGUUUUAAUAAGACGCAUCAGGAGGUUUUAUGGAGAUUUUUCAGAAACACACUAUUAGAAAUACUUUUUUUGUAGUUUUGUAUGUAUCCAAGCAAAUGACUGAAAGCUUGAGUAUGGCAAAAUUGUGCAGGCAUAAUAAAACUGUCUUUGAGACAUCCCUCA